CGCCUAGUCCCCCACAGUCAUCAUUUUCUGUGUUUCCCCAAACGCGUCCAUAUUCAGGGGUUAGAUGCUUUCCCCCCCCCUUACACAAAGGAAAUUUAUUAUAAUAAGUAUGCAAUGAGGCCGGGAAUUCCUCAACCGGGGUGGCGCGGAGCCCACCCUAAACCCCUUCGCUAGUGGGACCUCGCCCCGGAUGGCAGGGAGCCCAGGCCAUCACUCCUGCCUCGGAAAACGGUUCGGAAAGCGGUUCGGAGUUUACGGGCAUGAUGGGAGCUUCCAUAGCUGUGGAGGUGAGCAACGGAGAGCCGCUAUGGAAGAGUUGUAUGCAUCCAUAGCUGUGGAGGUGAGCAACGGACGAGCCGCAAUGGAAGAGUUUUAUGCAUCCAUAGCUGUGGAGAGAGCAGUGCCAGCGCGCAGGAUGCCGCUGACAACUGUGGGUCGUGCGCUUCGCGGGCGGCUCAGCACUGAGCGCAGAGCGCAGAGCACGGAGCGCAGCAGGGAGGGUGCCCUCAGUAGUGAGCGCAGAGCGCAGAGCACGGAGCGCAGCUGUCGGGUUCGGAGGUCAGAGCGGCGUGUUGAUAGCCGGUUUCGUCGUCUAAGAGGCAUGGUACAUCACUUGGGCGUCGACAGCCCAUUGGAAGAUGAACUUCGAGAUACCGAUCGACUUGCAGGUUUUCCACCAUCAUCACCGUUGGAAGAUGCAGGGGCGGUCAGCGAGAGUCAGGCGCUUCUACCGAAACGCGGGGUCUUCAAACCGGUAAUCAGCGGGGGAGGCACCGGCUCCAGGGCGACCGGUCGUCGGCCAUCCUUCUCUUGGUCGGGUAGCAAGUGGCGACGAAUCUUUGAAUGGCCCCUGAUUGGUGUAAUUAGCGGGUUUCUCAUCUUGUUGGGGGUGAUUUUUCUUCUUGUGCUCCUUAAAUUCCCAUCAAGGCAUGGGCUCCCCGGGCACGACGAGGGGCCGCCACGUGGCGGCACAGGCAUCUUGCCAGGUGAUUGGAGUCAUCCCACGGGCCAUGGACCGUUCGAUUUCCAGGAUGAUGCAGAAGAAGAUACAGCGUUCGAUCCCUCCAAGGGACGCGAUUUUUUCCAGAUGAAGGCCCAUCCUAAGCCGUCGAUUCCGCAAAGGCGCCAUCUUUUUGAUCUUACGCAAUUUGGCGCGCUUGGGGACGGGACAACACUGAAUACAGAGGCCUUUAAGAAUGCAAUUAAGGCCGUGGAAGGGGUGGGUGCUGAUGGAGGGGCCCAACUUACUAUUCCAAGGGGGUCCUGGCUUACAGGGCCCUUUAAUCUGACAUCCAAUAUGACCCUAUAUCUGGAAAAAGGAGCGACCAUCCUGGGCAGCAAGGAUGUUGCCCAUUACGGUCUUCUUCCGCCUUGGCCAUCGUACGGCUCUGGUCGCAAUGCCCUCGGCCCGCGGACCAUGGGACUCGUCAGUGGCUACAACUUAACUGAUGUGGUCUUGACAGGGGAAGGAGUUAUUGAUGGCCAGGGAGAUUUUAUCUGGGGCCUUGUGAGGGCCCACAAGUUCCAUUCAACUCCUGGAUGUCUGAUCGAGUUUGUUUGGUCGCGGAACAUCAUCAUCUCUGGCCUGAGACUGUUGAACUCAACGUUCUGGACAGUGCACCCCAUUUACUGCACAAAUGUCCACAUUCAUGGCUUAUCCAUUUUAUCGCCAGGUCGCUCACCAAACACUGAUGGCAUUGACCCUGACUCGUGCACCAAUGUGCUGAUUGAGGAUUGCAACAUCAGCUGUGGCGAUGACGCUAUCGGCAUCAAGAGUGGAUGGGACGAGUACGGAACCGGGUACAACAUGCCUUCGCAGAACAUUAUUAUCCGGUCUAUAAAUAUAGGGCGUAGUCAUGGUAUUUCCAUCGGAAGCGAAAUGUCAGGAGGUGUCCGGAACAUUCGGAUUCAUGGAAUUCGACUAAACGACACGAAACGUGCUUUCCGGAUCAAGACGACACCUGGGCGCGGCGGGUUUAUCACAAAUGUCUCGGUUCGCAAUGUUUACAUCACGCGGGCAACUCAAUAUGCAGUGGAGUUCUUGACAAGGUAUGCUACUGGCCACUUCUCUCAUCCUGAUCGAGAGUUCGAUCCGAACGCCAUUACCGAGGUGCGGGAUAUCAGUGUGCAGCGGUUGGUCGCUGACAGAGUAAAAAGGGUGGGGAGAUUCAUUGGUGAUGCUCGGCGACCUAUGACCAAUAUCCUCCUGGAGGAUAUAAGUGCACCACGCGGGCCACAAUCAACGACACCUUACUCUUGUCAGAAUGUCAACGGGACAUGGAGAAACGUUAUCAUAACAGGGCGGCGGGUGCCCAUCCUCCCUCCAUGUCAGCAAUCAGAUAUGGAGGAUGGCACAGCACUUCCUCACCUUCGUGGAGACAGCAGCGGAUCACACGUGUCGUCGCCAGAAGAUGAACUUGUCCCUAGCAACGAAGGUGGAACAAUGGAAACAAUGGAAACUGGAGAGUCUGUUCGCGAGCGAUACCGUGGAGGAGAUGGGGGUGGUGAGGAGGAACGUAGCUGUCUGCGGCCAAGCACAGAAAGAGAUGAGAUGGGAGUGGAUUGGGCAAGAUUUCGGAAUAAAGGACGUGAGUGUCGAAGAGACUGUGAUGUUCUUUGCAUUGGAGCUGCAUCAGAGGAAGCUGUAGCAGUAAAAACUACACUAGGGGGAUUUACAGUUAUGGAAACCGCAGCAGUAGAAACUGCAGCAGUGGAAUCUGGAGCAGUGGAAACUGGAGCAGUGGAAACUGCAGCAGUGGACACUGCAACAGAGGAAACAGCAACACUGGACACUACAGCAGUGGAAACUGCAGGAGUGGAGACUGCAGCAGUGGAAACCGCAGCAGUGGACACUGCAGCAGUGGAAACUGCAGGAGUGGAAACUGGGGUAGCAACAGAUGAGCAGGCAGGGGCAGGACGAGAGCGUCGUGUGGGCGAAGAAGGAAUUGGAUGAUAUAUAUGUAUAUAGAUAUAUAUAUAUAUAUUGUCAGACGAUAUAUAUAUACAUAUACUGUUUGUGACGAUAUAUAUAUCUAUAUAUAUAGCCUCCUGACACAUGUAGAAUGUUGUAUUAAAAAAAUCAACCCGCAUGCCCCCCCCGCCCCGUGUCAAUGUUCCGAAUGUAUAGACAGAAAUAAACAGGAUAGAUACAGUUCGAGUAAUGUGUAAAGGAGCAACGGCUGCAACACCCUAUUACCUGAUUGUUCUUUUGCUUGCCUGACUGGGCAAGUGGAAUAUGCGUUUAGACUUUAGAGCAUAGUUACACGAG